AUGCCUUCAAUUCGGUACGUAAAUCAGACUGCUCCCUUCUGGGACUUCGUCGCCAGCCUCGAGAACCAAGGCCCCUCCCACCCUUUUGCCGGUCCCUCCACGGAAAACCGUGAGAGCUCCGACGAAGAAGGAGGACCCCGCGGUAGCUGGGGUCGCGGUCCUUGGAUGGGUCCCGGAGGCCCGCGUGGCUUCCACCGCGGUCCUCCUGGGCCGUGGGGCCGCCAUGGACAUGGACAUGGACAUGGACAUGGACCUCACUCGCCGCCUCCCCACACCGAGGGCCACCACCCGCAUCCACACCACGGCGGCCCUCGGCCGCACUCGCCUCAUCACGAAGGCCACCCCCCGCCUCCGCCUCCUCCAGGAUCCAACCCCGAAGAUGCCGCCCAGCAGCCUCAAGAAGGUGAGCCGCGCCACGACGGACCGCCCCACCCACACCAACAUCACCACCGUCGUGGUGGCCACGGCGGACGCCGUGGUGGUGGCCGUCCAGGAAGCUGGGGACGCGGUGGUCCUUGGGGCGGUGGCCCUUGGGGUCACGGACCCUUUGGCUUUGGUGGCGGUCCUUCCGGCUUCGGCGAGCUCGCCGAUGCCUUCCAGAAACAGCUCUUCGGAGGCAACGACACCAACGACAACAACGACAACGAGGAAAGAGAGAACAGCCAGGGCGACUUCCAGCCCGAAGCCGACGUCUUCGACACCGAGAGCUUAUACGUGAUCCACGUCUCUCUGCCCGGCGCAAAGAAGGAAGAUGUCGGCGUUAGCUGGGACGCGGAGAAGAGCGAGAUCAGCAUCUCCGGCGUCGUCCACCGGCCCGGCGACGAGGACUUCAUCAAGACGCUGGCCCUGGACGAGAGGAAGGUUGGGCCGUUUGAGCGCAAGAUCAGGCUUGGCUCUCGCGCCAACCCGGCGCAGGUCGACGACGACGCCAUCACGGCCAAGCUCGAGGAUGGCAUCUUGAGGGUCGAGGUGCCCAAGCUUGAUAAGGACUAUGUCGAGAUCAAGAAGGUCGACAUUCUGUAG